AUGUCAUUCUCUUGUAGCUCCAAAUUUCCAGUCUUUCUCCUAGCAUUCUAUUACGUUCUCAUCGCCACUUCUUUCACAAUAAAAGGUCUAAGUGUCAAUGCAUCAACAACUUUGAUCCAAAAUGUUUGCUCCAAAACUCAGAACCCUACCCUUUGCAAUGAUAUAUUGAAUUCCGAUCCUCGAAGUGCACAAGCCGAUCUGAAAGGCCUAGUCCAAAUACUCAUUGAUAAGACAUAUGCUAGGGGUAAUCUUGCAUUAACUGUGAUCGCAUCUCUUUACAAAAACGCAAACAACACUGAGACCAAAGAUCAAUUGCAUUCGUGUGAUAUGUCUUACAAGAGUGCAAUGAUCUAUCUCAAUAAGGCAGAUGCAGCUCUAAAGUCGGGUAAUAAGGAAAUAUAUAGUGAUCUAAUAUCAGUUAUAGAUGGAGUUGAGUCAUGUGACGAUGUAUAUGAGGGUCCACCGGUCAUUCCUCCUACCCUUGAAGAAGCUAACAAGAACUUUGAGGACAUUGUUAACAUUAUUUUCACAAUUAGUAAACUUUUGUGA